AUGCCCCUGCCUCAAGACAAUACUUUAAUAGUCGCGGCGGGAAUUCGGGAUGUGCGGCGCAUAGAGGAUCUCUAUGAGGCCAAGAACACCUGGCACUUUGGGGUGAAGGACACGCCGCCGCUGGACACGUUGUUCGUUAGGAACCAGGCGCAGAGGCUGUUGGUCUACAACAAGCAGGAGUUUCACCUGCUGCUGGCCUACAGCGAGUUCGCCAACCAUCCGAACAUUCCGGUGCUACACAACGAUCUCUGGCUGCACUGGCUGAGUGCUCGGUUUUGCCUAGAUCUUCCCAUCACGCUGCUCAAUUCAAUCUUCUUCAACUUCUUCAUCUGCAAGGAGAGCCAGACAAAUAUUCUCAAAAACGUUAUCCUUGAGGUCUUCUAUAAUGAGCAUUUGGUCAACUACAUGCUGGUGGUCAAGCCCCCAGACUGCCCACCAGGCCAAUACGAAACCGUUCAGGAAUUGGGCAAAACCUAUUACCCGAAGUACUCAAAAGUCUCCGAGCAAAAGCAUCUCCCCGCUGUCAUCGUGAUCCAGCGGCUGAACAUCAUGCCAAGUAUCUCCUUUCGCAAGGCGCUACCCGAGGACAAUGACGAUAUUGUCGAGAUGAUAGAUUCAGAGGAUCCGGAGCUGCGGAAAAAGCAUGGAGACUUUUACAUUGCAGAGCACCUGCUGAAUGUGGAGGGGUCUGAGGAUAACGAUAAGAUUAUAAUUGCUGAGUUUGAGGAGGAGAUUGCUGAGAAUGUCAAGGGUGCGGGCUUGAUGUGGCUGUCGGACUCAAUAGAUAUUGAGAAGCUGGCCACCAACUUCCACCUGGAGCGCCUGGGUAAUUUGGCGAGAUAUACUCCGGGAAUCAAGCACGCUCGUGUGCAUUUUGACGUGCUCUCUGUGGAGCAAAAGUCAUUUAAGCAGUUGUACACCAAGUCGCAAAUGGAGGUAAUAUAUAAGACCCGAGAAAGUAGGAUAAACCAAGGUGGACACGAUGAAGCGAAGAACGUAUUAUUCAGGAAGUACAAGCACAUAUAUGAUGAACUCCGUAAGGCCAGCUACUAUAUGAAAGCCAGUCAAGACAAACUGGAAAUCGCCUUCGAUUUGCCACCUGGCGAGCACUCGCACAGUGAACAUCGCAUGCAGCACUUGGGUAAGGCCUCCAACGGCUUCCUGCUGAAGAUGUUCCAGUUGCAUCCACUGGUUCGCUUCGAGUACACAUACUACUCCUUGUCAGCCAUGUUCAGCGCCUUUCCGGAUCACGAUUACUGCGUGACAAUGGUGCCAGCCACCGUGUCUACGAGUCCCUGCCAGCGGGAACUGCUCCGGUUCUUCUUGCCGGUCGCCCAUCGUCCGAGUAGUUCCGUGUCCGAAAACAUGUUCGUUGCACAUCGAAGUACUUUGUUUGGGGAGCUCCGUGUCCAGCGCUUCGAAAGGCAGGAGAUUGAUGAUGUUAGAACGGUCAUUAGCUCCCAGGGCCGCAAGAGGGACACAUAUCUGAAUGAAGAACCUGGUGAAGGUAGUAGGCUCGACGAAUACACGCAGGAGGUGCUGGGUAUUUUUGAUGAUAUCAUUGAUGAAAUCCUUGAGAAUCCCAUGUCUGACCUGACCUGCUUCACCAUUCGUUGCGGUCAGUCCAAGAAGCACACCGACUGCCCAUUGGUGGGCUUUCUGAUUCUGAGUCCCUUUCUGAUUUAUGAUGACUUAAGCAAGGUAUUCAUGAUGCCACGCGAUCAGUUCUCGCUGAUGCACAAUCGUGGAGAGAUAGUGAUGUUCAGGCUACACCCGUUCUUCCAGAUGUGGUGCAACCCGAUUCUUCGCACGGUGGCUUUGUACGACAAUUACCGAGAGUUGUAUUAUAUGAACUACUUCAAUGGAAUAUCGCUGCCCAACGACCUGAUGUACAACAUGAUGCCCGUGGAGCCUCGCCGCAUGAAGAAGAAUCUCUUCCAUUACAGGUGCUUUUCGGUGAAACGACGCGUGUCAAAAGCCUCCCGUUCUUCCACUGUGGAUAUCUGCAUCAGUCGCCUGCGGCUCUUCUGCCACAAUCUGCAGCCCACCAUGCACAUGGGUGGGAAGAAUUCCCUGGUAAUCGUGGGCUUCUCGCACACUAGCCUAGCUUUUUUGCGGACCGUCAUCUUCGCCUGGAAUUCUAAAGACUUGAUUAAUUAUAGAAAGUACAACUGCCUUCCCAUGGUGGACAUCAGAGUGAUUGUGGGUCACGGGGUUCUGGAAUCGGCCUACGAUUGUGAAUUUUCAUGCAGCUACUGCGCGAAUGGUCGGAACUGCUAUGUGGAUACAGGGAACUUGAAUCCGUUUGUAAGGGACGUAAUGCAGCGUAUGGAUGUGAGGCAUUGGGUGCGCUUUGUGCCCGGAGUUCUCAAGAACAUAAAGAGGCAGGAAAAAAUAGUGGAACUAUUGGACGGUUGCAACCUGUACUACGAGAAGCUGAUCUUGAUGUCUGCCACAAGAUUCGGUUUUCAGGACAAGGAAUUCAAAGGGCAUCCAAUGCCUAUCAACUAUGUGGUCAAUAAUCAUCGGCUGGACAGGAUUAUCUUCUACCACAAGCUUCGCGAGAUGGUCGACACCAUGGAGAAGUAUAACAUAAUUGUCUAUGGAUAUAACUUGAGCCUCUACGAGUGCCUUCACUUUUUGGUGACGCAUGGCUGUAAUGCCCAGAGCAUCACAUACGUGCAGCCCCAUGUUCCGGCCGUAAUGGAGGAACUGGGAAAUCCUGAGGAGGACUCUCGACUGGAUCCGAUUAUCCUGGAAAUGGUAGCCGAUCUGGGGAUCACGAUCCACUUGUCAACCAACUACAGCCAAUUUAUUCUGAGCGAAGACAAUACGCACAUCGAGCAAGUGGAGUUCACAACGCAUCCAGGCAGAAAAAAGGUCCUGCUGGAUUGCGAUCUCUUCGUCAACUAUAAUGGGAAUACCAUAAGUACAACCCUAGAGAACGUUCUUUCAAACGCAGGAAUAGAGUUGUUCGACAGGAAAAUCGUGGUUAAUGCACGUUAUUGCACCAAUGAUCGCAACAUUUUCGCCGCUGGCAGGAAUGUGGUCAUGUUGCCCAAGCCCAACUUUCAGUACACUUACACCAGUCCCCAAGAAAUGGCUGAAAAAUUGGCCUACGAAUUGAACAUGGUGAAGAUUGUGAUGCAGUCGCGGUACUCGAGGCCCUUCAUGUUCACGGGCAUUCUGCCCAUGGGCUACCAUAUCAUCAAGUUCACCCAACCGAAGCCCAUGCUUAUAGGGCAACUCCCCGUCGAUUUUUCAGAGAGCAUGACCACCUACCAAAACGGAGACUUCUGCCGCAUUCGACUCAACAGAAAGCUCAUUGUCAUAGAGAUAGUGUGCGUCACCAAAAAGCCGAAGCGACUUUACUUCAUGGAGUACUUUUGCGGCAAGCAUGCUAUGCUUCUGAAUGAUCUCCGUGGUCGUUUUCAGUCCGGUUGGAUUAAAAACUUCCUGGAGUUCUUCCAACAGCCCUGGACAGAGCUCCUCAUGCACGACAGAUUCGAGGAUCUGCAACUGAAGAAUCGCCGACUCCUGCUGGCCAUGUUGCUGAUGAACAACAAGGAUGCGAACAACGCCAGGAGCAGUUUGGAGAGCACGCAGCGGCAAAGGCUCGAGGAAAACGUAAUCGACUUCGUUCGAACGUACCGCAAGGACUUCACCCAUGAGUUCGCCUUGCCAGAGGAUUGGGGUGUCUUUAAUCUGUGAUUCAGUUUGCCUUAGUUUUCCAUGUUUCAGUACUCCAAUGUGUUAUUGUAUUACAGAAAUAAAUUUCCGCUCGGAUUGACAACGAA